AUGACAGAUAAUAAAUUGACUCUUGGUUAUUGGGAAGGUUAUGGCAAAGCACAACCUGCAAGAUAUUUAUUAGAGCUCACUAAGACUCCUUACAACAAUGUGUAGUAUGUUGAAGAUGACAAAUGGUUCAAAUAAGAUAAGCUAAAUUUAGGUUUAGAUUUCCCUAACCUUCCUUAUGUGAUUGAUGGAGAGUUUAAGUUGACUGAAUUUGUAGCUAUUUUUGAUUAUUUGUCUGAAAAGUAUGGUAAACCAGAAUGGCUAGGUAAGGGUAACGACAAAUAUGUAGUUUCUUCCCUUAGAAGUCUUUUUGAUGAAUUGGCAAGUUUAAACUAUCACGGAAGCUUGAAAAAAACUGAAGAAGAAAAGAAAUAACACAUUUUAGAUAACAUUGUUCCUAAAUAUAGAUAUUUAUCUAAAUUUAUUGGCAAAAAGGAAUAUUUGCUUGGAUACUUUACAGUUGCAGAUCUUUAUUUCUUAAGCGUUAUUAAUGCUUUUAAGGCAACCCUCCCUCAAGACUCUUAUGCUGAAUUUGCACCAGUUUUUGAUCCUAUUAUUCAUAGAAUAGCUUCAAUUCCUGAAAUAGCUGCUUAUAUUGCAUCAGAUCGUCAUCCUAAAUAAUGA